UAAAAUUUUCAAAUUGGACCACUAAAGUGGCAAAUCUUCAUCUAAUAGUUCAUAUUUUAUUUCUUUUCAAAAAAAGUACACUACUUCUCACUCUGCAACACGACAAUAUCCGGAUCAAAGAAAACCUACUCUUUCAUUUCUCAAUAACACAAAAUAAUCUAUACACACAUUAGCAGUUACAUCUAUAGAAUCUACCACUAUAUUUUAUAUAACUAUACUAUAAAGCCCGAAUGUUUUUCCAGCAUUUACAAAUCCAAUGUGAUGUUUGUUGUUCAAUAAUUCAUACUCUCUGUUCUUUCCUACCCCAGAACCCUCCAUUUUCCUGACUUUCUUCUUUUUUUCAUCAGAAAAUCGUAGUGUUCGGGCCAAUUUUCACGCACUCCAACUAAAUCGAUAGUAUACCUGCUGCCUCUCACCGACAACAAAUUUUCUUGAAGUUUUACUUAUACCCAAUUAUCAUUGUUUACUUGCCUAAGGCUCUUUUUUGGUAACACCCAGAAGAAGAAAAUUAGGGAAAAAAUAGAGAUGAAAUGUUUCUAAGUUAGAUAAUCUUGGUGUUUGGGACAACUUUCCUAGCUAACAAUUUUUUUCUGUUGCUUAUAUUUCUGUACAUUAGAACUUGCAGAAGCUCUCGAAAUCCCCUAUUGUUAUAGUCUACUUGCCUAAGAUUAUUAGUACGAAAUACCCAAAAGAAGAAAAUUAGUGAAAAAGUAGAGAUGAAAUGCUUCUAUUUUAGAUAAUCGUGUUGUUUGGGACAGUUUUUUUCGCACCUCAACUAAAUCCACGUUAUACCUGUCACCUCCAACAACAAAAAAUUCUCUUGAAUUGUUUGUGUUGUUUAUAUUUCUGUAAAUUAGAGCUUGCAGAAGCUCUCUAUAUUCCCAUCGUCAUUGUCUACUUGCGUAGAACUGUUUUGUUGUUAUACCCAGAAGCAGAAAAUUAGGGGAAAAAUAGAGAUGAAAUAUUUCUAUUUUAGAUAAUCGUGGUGUCCGGGACAGUUUUCCCGCAUCUGACUAUAUACACGGACACAUGCUACCUCCCAAUAGCAACAGAUUUUCUUGAAAUUUUUUCUGUUGUGGGAUUUUACUGGGUAUGUUGUUAGUUGUUUAUAUUUCUUCAAAUUAAAACUUGCAGAAGCUCUCUGUAUACUCAUUGUCAUUGUCUAUUUGUGGAAGGCUGUUUUUUCCGUAAUACCAAAUAGAGGAAAGUAGAGAUGCAAUGCUUUUAUUUUCUAUAACCAUGGUGUUCGGGACAGUUUUCCUACAUUUGACUAAAUUCACGGGAUACCUGCCACCUGCCACCUCCCACCAGCAACAGAUUUUCUUGAAUUUUUGGAUUCCAUUGUCAUAGUUUACUUGCCAGAGCUGUUUUUCUGUAAUACCAAAUAGAGGAAAGUAGAGAUGAAAUGCUUUUAUUUUACGAAGGAUGAGGAAGAAGGGGGGGGAACAAUGAGUACUCGUGAAUCGAAGGUAUCAUGGGUUCGUUCAUUGAGUGUAGCAUCAAGUAGCGUUGAUACUAGGAAGUCGAGGUCGGAGUUGGAUUCAGAAUCAAGGGAUUUCUCUGAUUCUUUUGAGUUUCACGAGCUGUUGAAUCAGAGGAGGGGGAAUGAUUUGAGGGUGUUUAGUUUUUCGGAGCUGAAAAUGGGGACGAAGGGUUUUAGUAGAGGAUUGAUGAUUGGUGAAGGUGGAUUUGGAUGUGUUUAUAGAGGUGUUGUUGAUGGUGUUCCUCCUUGUGAGGAUAUGAGAAUUGAAGUUGCUGUUAAACGAUUGAAUCGACAUGGAUUCCAGGGGCAUAAGGAGUGGAUUAAUGAAGUAAACUUCUUAGGUGUAGUGAAGCAUCCGAAUCUAGUGAAGUUAAUCGGGUACUGUGCAGAGGAUGAUGAAAGAGGGAUGCAACGUCUUUUAGUAUAUGAACUGAUGCGUAACAAAAGCUUGGAGGACCAUCUGUUGGCACGAUCGGCAACUCCUCUCUCCUGGACUUUGAGACUAAAAAUUGCCCAAGAUGCUGCUCGCGGAUUGGCCUAUCUGCAUGAAGAAAUGGAUUUUCAGCUGAUAUUUCGAGACUUCAAGCCAUCAAAUAUUCUUCUGGAUGAAGACUUUAACGCGAAACUCUCAGACUUUGGACUGGCUAGGCAAGGUCCAGCUGCAGGACUAACUCAUGUGUCAACAUCAGUUGUAGGUACGAUAGGCUACGCAGCUCCAGAAUAUGUCCAGACUGGAAGACUUACUGCUAAAAGUGAUGUUUGGAGCUUUGGAGUUGUUCUCUAUGAGCUCAUAACAGGAAGGAGAGUGUUGGAACGAAAUCUUCCUCGAGCAGAGCAAAAACUAUUGGAAUGGGUAAGACCCUAUGUUUCAGAUACGAAGAAAUUUCAUUGUAUUCUUGACCCUAGACUUGAAGGCCAUGAUUGCAUCAAGUCAGCUCAGCGACUUGCAUCACUGGCCAACAAAUGCCUCUCAAAGAAUGCAAGAUCUCGCCCUAGGAUGAGUGAAGUCGUUGAUAUGCUUGAGAGUAUCAUUACUGAUGCUGCAGCUCAGGCUGAAGCAGUCCCCGAAACUGUGAAAGAAGCAGAAGAUGUGAAUGAAGAAGCUACAAAAGAAGAAGUUGACACAAAGGAAGAAGGAAAAGGAGAAGCUGAAUCAGGAAGACCAGAAAGCAACAACCAAAAGUGGGUUUUCGACUUCAAAGAAAUGGUCAGCUUUAGGAACAAAUCCAUCGGUAAGAUAGAUUGGAGGAAUUGGAAAGCAGGUUUAAUCAAGACAUCUUAACAUACUGUCUCUCGUGUUAUGCUGACUCUGGCCAAUGGAUCAUUUUUGUAUUUUAGAAUGGAGAUAUCCGGCAGCUUUGCUAUCUAUAUAUGUUCUGCAAAGAGGUGUAAAUUUAGUAGGAACAAUCUUCUCUUCCCCAACACAGUGCAGGUUCAUUUUCUCAAUGUUGUAGGAAUGUGUGUUGGUUCACAAUUGGAAUGCAUUUCCACUUAGUAGUUUGUACAGGGAACACUCCUUUUUCUCUAUUAAGAAUCCUCUACUCCUCCGCUGAGGCAGCUUUCUUCCUCAGUGCAUCUAUCUAGUCUCAGCCCGCGCACAUCAGGAGCUUUAGCGCACUAAGCUGCCCUACAUCAAGUCUCAGCAGAUCAUUGCAAUGGUUGAGAGCUAAUUAGAAAUUCUAUGAUCUUUGUUUUGCUAGACUCUGUUCAGUGGUCAAAUUAAUGAAAGAGGCCUUUAAAUCUUUUCUUUUUCCA